GCCUGUUAGUCGCGAUUUGUCCUUCGCGAGGUGCGUAUCUUGUUGAAACCAUUGUGAUCGUAUGACUUUUUGCUCGUCUUUCGUUAUCAGGUGACUGCGUAUUUUUACUCCAAGCGGCGAUAACGCGAUAAUAAAUAAAGAUGACUUAUCGCGGAAAGCUGCGACUGCUCGGCAGAACGUGUCUGGCAUUCAGCAAUUCGUGCGGGAAGAAAACCCAGGAUAACCUGAAUCUCGCAAUCGUCGUCGCCAGCAGCAGAAAUUUCUCCACGAGUCGCGCGCUCGAUAUGAGGUUCGUUCAAUUCACAAACAAAAACGGGGGCCCCCAGCAUCUCGGGGUCCAGCUGAAACAGGGAGGCGACAUCAUCGCCGUGUCAGCGGUCGACUCCAGGAUCCCGAACUCGCUAAAAAAAUUUCUCGAGGGCGGCGACGACCUUCUCAAGAAGGCUAAAAGGGAAGACGAUAUCGACCUAAGGAAGACAGUAGAAAGAAUAGUCGCCGAGGGACGGAGCAUCACACCCGAGAAUGACGUGAACUUCUUGGCGCCAGUUACACGAAUGGACAAACUCGCCUGCAUCGGUCUCAACUAUAGCGGUCAUUGUAAAGAGCAGGGUGUACCGACUCCGGAGAGUCCGAUAAUCUUUAGCAAAUUUCCCAGCAACAUCAUCGGGCCACGCGAUAACAUCCUGCUGCCGCAGAUCUCGGAUAAAGUCGAUUGGGAGGCCGAGUUGGCGAUAGUGAUCGGCAAGAGAGGUAAGUGCCUCAGCAAUGAGAACGUCGAGGAUUGUAUCUUCGGUUAUACAAUAGCCCAGGAUAUAACAGCGCGUGAUUGGCAAAAGUCAAACCGAAAUGGCGGUCAAUUUCUGCUCGGCAAAGCGAUGGACACGUUCUGUCCACUGGGUCCGGCGGUCAUUACCAAAGAGGCGAUAUGUGAUAUCAAUAAUCUAUCUGUGAGGACAUGGGUGAAUGGUGAAUUGAAGCAGGACGGCAACACUAGCGAACUUAUCUUCAAGCCCCACGAAAUCGUCAUUUAUCUUUCGCAAUUUAUGACACUGUUACCAGGCGAUGUAAUCCUUACCGGCACACCGGCCGGUGUAGGAUUCACACGUAAGCCACCAGAAUAUCUACAGCGUGGCGACGUUUUGGAAACCGAGAUCGAGAGUCUGGGACGUUUGAGAAACAAAGUAAUCUGAUCUACGAAACCGAGUAUGCCUUUGGAAAGCGAUAUUAGAACUUCUUGAUUUUCACAAGACUGGAUGUUCUUUCGGGUAUCGAUAUCCGCGAUGACGUUGGAUCAUCUCAAAAGCUGUGUCUGAUCCGGAUCAGAUAUAUAUAUAUAUAUAUAUAUACAUACUCGAACGUCAACGAUUUCAACGCGAUUGCAAAUGUUUAUGCCAGAGAUAACAGUAUCGCCAUUCUUCGCUCAGGGCACAAACACGCCUAGCAAUAUUGAUAACACGGCAACGCUAAUUUUCUAUGUGUCACACAUAUUUUACGUACUUAUAUAAUUAAAAUUAGAUUGUUUCUAC